GCAAAGACUACCGUGCGAGUGAGACAUGGCGUGGCGACGAUGCUUGGCUGGGGCGGGCGCCGCGUCGGCUUCUCUUUCGGGUGCAGCGUACUACUACCGCCCUGAUCCGAGCGGGGAGCUUUUGGACAAAAGACGAAGCAUGUCGCCCAACGAUCGAUGCGAUGACGCGACGGAGGCGGAGCCGAUACUGUUGCGAGGGGCGAGGUCGGCGGUGAUGACGCCGGUGGCCGUCUUGAGCCGGGCGGUACUGUUCGGGCUCAACAACACGCGCCUCGUCAAGGACGAGCGGCACGCGCGGCUGGUGGAUCUCGUGCGCGACAGACCAGAGGGAGAACCGCUCUUGACGGUGGCGAACCACGCGUCGACGCUGGACGACCCCGCGGUGAUGGCGGUGCUGCUGCCCUGGGAUAUCGUGGUCCGGCCGAAGCUGAUGCGGUGGUCGAUCUGCAGCCAGGAGAUUUGCUUCGAGACGAAGGCGAUCGCUUCCUUUUUCGGCGCUGGAAAGGUCCUGCCCAUCGAGCGCGGCGGCGGGCUCGACCAGAAGCUGCUCUUGAACUUUUCGCGAAAGCUCGCGGCCGGGGGAUGGUGCCACAUUUUCCCAGAGGGAAAAACCGUCCAGACGGGUACAAUAGGGGGAAGGUCUCCGCCUGCCUCGAGAGACCUGGGCCGGCUCAAGUGGGGGGUGGGGAGGAUGAUCGCGCACGCCCCGCGAACGCCGCAAGUGGUGCCCUUCUUCCACACGGGGAUGCAGAACCUGGUGGCGGAGGACCCUGCCACGAAGGACGUUUUGCCGAGACAACCCCAGUUCUUUAACAACAUAACAGUUAGGGUGGGCGAUGCGAUAGAAGUGGCAGACCUCCUUGCUCAGCACGAGGACGAGCACGGCCCGCUGUGGAAGUACUCCGCGGCCGUCGCGCAAGGGGGCGCCGACGAUGAGUGCAAGUGGGCGUCUUGUUCCGCCGCGGACAAGAAGCUGUACAGCGCCAUCACGCGAAGGGUAGAGGCGGCGCUGCACGCGCUGGAGGCUGAGGCGAGGUUGGAGCUCGGGGACGCCUACCCGACAGUUCCUAGUGUCGUAGCCAGCGGGGACUACCUGGUCCUACUUGGGGAGCAGUAGAGGGCGACCUCUGGUCGUUGUGCUUUGACGGUGUAUGUAUGUGGGGGGAUCAUUGCUUAACGCGGUCAUUGCAUUGACAUGAAGGUCGGUGUGAUUUUUUUUAUGGUGUCGAACAACCUGGAUCAUCAUUUCCAGGGCAAGGGAAAGUAUCUGGUGCUAAGAUCCUGCCUUCGCAUGUACGAGCUCCAUUUUGCAUGCUUUCCCUGACCAGCAUUGACGCAGUGUUGUUCUUUUGUUCAUUCGUUUCGCAUCCAAAUAAGUGUGGAGCGGUUGUCCGAGGGGGGAGGGGGGGGUGUCUACAGAGUGAAUACAAGCGGGCGGGCCUCUACGAGUUUUGGGUGGCUGAAGGUUAACUACUAUCCACACGGUUUGAAGUGGAGUAUGGUUUGUGGCAUGAAUUUUGGUCCGUGCUUACGCUGUUUGGAUGCAGCAUAAGCAUAAUUUUUAGUACUGUUUGUCGAGGUGCGGAUGAGUUCUGGGUGUGGUGGUCGGGUUUUGUGCAGUAGUCUACACAGCAAAAGAUUAGCAAACACAUGGGAUACAGUAUUCAAUCCGUGCUUUGGGGUUAGGGUUAGGGUUAGGGUUAGGGUCUACGUGCCCCCUCGCUGUUCUUUUUCUAGAUACUCUUAAAAUCCUGCGUAGGCGGUCCGUUUUGUGUCAUGGAGUUGAGGCAUUUUUUCAUGGUAUAUAUUUUUUGUUGGCUGCGGAAACGUUUUUUGUCUGUGGGAAGCCUGGGCCGAAUUGGAAAGACAGCGUUGUCUCGUUAAAUGCUUCGGUAGCCCUCAAUUAUAUUUCAGUGAACAGGGGCAGCACAGGAGGAGUAGUCCGCGGCACCUGGUGGGAUUAUACGCAUACACGUAGCAGUUCUCUGCAUGAUUUGACAGCAUUGUCACGUACAGAAUUCCCCCGAGCUGUCACAUCAUCCCGAUUAUUUGGACGUCGAUCUCGAGGCCGUCCAAUUUUUGAAAGUGCGUGCUCAU